AUGCCCACAGCGAGUGGGUCGCUGCGUUCCAAAGCGAAUGCUAUCAUUGAGUGCAAGCGCCGAUCGGGGUGGGAGCAGGCUGUGAAGAUCUUGGAUGCUGCAAAGCAGGCGUUGGAGCCAGAUGUAGUUUGUGUCAACGCCGCCAUCUCCAGCUGCAAUGCUGCACAAGGCGACGGCAGACACAGAACCAAUCCCGACUGGAGAAUAGCUCUUGGUCUGCUGUCAACUGCCUUGCAGUGGAGCUUGAGGCCAUCAGCGGUGUCGUACAAAGCCGUGGCUGUGUCAAUCUCUCUGCAGUGGCGACUUGUACUUUGCGUCUACAAUCUCCUGGAAACAUCUGCAGUUGAGGCAGAUGCCACAGCUUGUACCAUCUUGCUGGCGGCUGCUGCGAGAUCACGUCGCUGGCUGCUUGCCGCGGUGUCUUUCACCUCUUGGAAAUCAUGGCGAGGAGUUCGUCCGGAUUCAGCAAGCUACAAUGCCGUGUUGGCUGGAAACACCUGGCGGCGAGCUUUGCUGCAUGCGGGGAGGAUGUCCGCCGAUGGCAUCCGAACUGAUUCCGUUACGGUCGGGACCUGUCUCCGAGCUUUGGAGGAUGGCUUGUGCUGGCCGCAGGCUUCAUUGCUGCUGUGUUCAGCCGAGCGCGGGGGUGCGGCGAACUUCGUGUGCGCAUUGUCCGCCAUUUCAUGCCUUCAGGGUCUUCAGUGGAAGGCAUCGCUGCAAGUAUUCGAGCGGCUCUCAGGACACGUUGGUCGUGUGAGAGUGCUGAUACAGAAUGCGGUGGCUGCUGCUUGCUCCAGUGGUGGGCAAUGGCCGGCUGCCUGUGAAGUCGUACGCAGUGGCCGGAAUCGCCUCGCCCCAGACCUGGUGUCAUAUGGUGCGAUCCUGGCAGGUUUGGAUGUUGCCGGGUUGUGGAACAUCUCCAUGAUGUUCAUGCAGUGCAUGCGGCACUCAGCCAUUGAAGCAGACCACGUCGCAGACAUGUCUUUAGUUGGUGCCAUUGGAUCGGGCGCAGGUGCCUGGAGGCUCGUCCUGCAGAGAUGGGCUUGGCAUGGAGGGACCUGGGAAAUGCCGGCAGUGAACUCCGCCAUCUGUAGCCUUGGUCGACUUUAUCACUGGCAUAGUGCGCAGUCCUUGCUGCAGUAUGUGGCCUGCAGGCGCUGCAUUCCAGAUCUGGUUACCUACAACACUUACAUUGAUGGUGCAGGAAUGGACAGGCGCUGGCAUUUGUCACAUGAGGUUUUCUCGAAACUAAAGAGUGGCUUCCUGGAAGCUGAUCAAGUUUCUUUUGGGGCAGCAAUGUCAGCCAUGGAUGUUGCUGUGAAGUGGCGAGAAGCUUUAGGUUAUGCAAUCCAUGCGAGCAUUGCAGGCGUCUUCCAAUCAGUGGUGCUGCUCAAUGCUUGCAUGAGCGCAUGCGUCUCUGCGGUUCUGUGGCGCGCAGCUUUGGCCCUUUCCCUCCGGCACGGAAAAGCGCAGGAGCGGCCCAACCUCGGCUGCUUCGAGACGAUCCUUUUUGGCUGCAAAAAGGCUGCGGCUUGGUCGUCCACCUUGGCGUUGAUCAAUUCGCUGCAGUUGUCGCGGUUGGUGCCAGAUGCAACUGCACGAGCUUGCGGUGCAAGAGCAUGUGGAAGCAAAAGCGCUUGGCAAGCGAGUUCGGCAGCUUUCCCUCCGAGGAUGCAGCCAAGCAAGCUCUUGCAGAUCUCAGAG